AUGGAAGAAGAAAGUAGCAUCCGGCCUGGUAUGCUGAGGUGGGAAUCCACCCUGUCGAAUGGGGUGGUGAAGACGUAUUCCCUCUUUCUCGCCGAAUCGCGAAACCCGUCGCGGGUUUCGGUCGACCCCGCGGCCUACCACUUUGAGUUGAGCGGAAACGCAAAAGUCUUGGGGGGGCUGCUCUAUUAUCUCUCCCCAACCGCCACACGUUGUAUCAUGUCGCCGAUGAAUGGUCGGCUGGAGAUCCGUCGGAUGGAGCACGCCUACGAAGCCGGUGGUGGGGAGGACCGAAGUCGUGGGGAUGCGAAAAACCCGUCGUGGAAUCCAAAUCGGAAAGGAAAAGGGCGUGGCGCCGCCGCCACCGCCUUUCCCUCUUCCACGGGCUUUCCAAACGACGAAACGGCGGAAGGCGAUAUCGUCGGCAGCAGCGGCUCCGCCGUCGUCUCCGCCUACCCACAAGUGUUUAACUCCUUCCGCUACUUUGAUCUGGCGGGGAAUCGAUCGAAUGAAGGGAAAGGGGGGGAUUCGCAUACCCUGAACGAACCCUCCCGUGGCGAGGAGCCCCUUUUUAUUCCGCUACCCUCCAAACAGGUCGAUACGGAGCCCCUCCGACGGGCCGCGUACCUCGCCGGGCAGCUCAGCCUCCCGCUGCAAAUCCUCCUCGGAGGGGAGGGGUGCCCCGUGCACGUCCGAGCCCCUCCUUUGACGGCCGUGGAUGGCGUUCGAUCCCUGCCGGUGGCCUCGGAAACGCUCGCGAGCGAUCUUUCCGGAGGGUUGCAAGUUUCCUUCGAGAUGUACGUCGCGGCGCUCGACAUCGCUCCGCUUUCCCGGCCUUCUCAGCCACCCCCAACACCACGGAGCACCGUUGGGGAGGGGGUCGCUCCUCCGUUGCCGGCCCCUUCUUCGCAGGGGAUGACAACGGCCCUCAGCCACCCCCCUCGGGAGGGGGAGGAUCGCCUUUCAUCCGGCCCUUCUCCUGUGGAAAGUCGCCCUCGCUUUCACGAUCCAUCAGGGGAUCCCGGACGAGCGGGGGAGUACUUGAAACCCGACAAAGACGACCCCUUAGCCGGGGAUUCACGCCCUCCUCGACCACGCGAUCCCUCGCCGCCGCGUGGGGAUUUUCCCUUAGUGAUGACACCCCAGGCCGCUCGUGAGGAGGAUGGGGAGCGUCCCUUGCGGCGGCAACGGUUGUCUGAUUUAUAUCCUCUCGAUUACAAAUCCUUCGCGCGCGCGCGGGCGACGGCGGAGGAGCAGGGUUUGGAUGAUCGCAUCGGGAUUUUUGAUAUGGAGGAGGAUGAGGGGUUGCAGCGGUUUCUGCAGAACUGCGCUUCUGCGUUGUCGGAGUGCGGGGCCACCGAGCGAUGGAGUUUGUGA